AAAAAAAAUGCCAUGUGGGAGGGGCAGAGCUUUAUAAAACUAGUCAUUGCCAUGUCUGAACUCUAACAACACUCAGAAGACCGUUUCCUGUCAGGCAGAGAAGAACCAGAUUGAGACAAUGGAAGAACUUAAUGUGGCAAAUACAAUCUUUGCCCUCAAUUUCUUUAAGCACCUGGCAAAUACAAGUGCCAACACCCAGAAUAUCUUCUUCUGUCCCUGGAGCGUCUCCUCCACCAUGGCCAUGGUCUACCUGGGCGCCCGGGGAAAUACUGCAGACCAGAUAGCCCAGGUGCUUCAGUUUAACCAAGUUGGAGUCCACAAAGGCACCCCAGUGACCCAACAGAGUCUCACCAGUUGUGAUUUCACGCAGCAGAUCCAGAGGGACACCUAUCCUGAUGCUAUUUUGCAGGCACAAGCUGCCGGGAAAAUCCAUUCAUCCUUCCGUUCUCUCAGCAACGCCAUCAACGCGUCCACGGGGGAGUAUUUACUUGAAAGUGCCAAUAAGCUAUUUGGAGAGAAGUCUGCAAGAUUCAAGGAAGAAUACAUGCAACUCUCCAAGAAAUAUUACUCUACAGAACCCCAGGCAGUGGACUUCCUAGAGUGUGCAGAAGACACCAGAAAAGAGAUCAAUUCCUGGGUCAAGACCCAAACUAAAGGCAAAAUCCCAAACUUGCUACCUGAAGGUUCUGUUGAUGUAGACACCAAGAUGGUCCUGGUGAAUGCUGUCUACUUCAAAGGAAGGUGGAAGACUCCAUUUCAGAAGAAAUUAAAGGGACUUUAUCCUUUCCGAGUGAACUCGACUCAGCGCAAAUCAGUAGAGAUGAUGUUCCUGAAUGAAAAGCUAAACAUUGGAUACAUAGCAGACCUGAAGGUCCAGAUUCUAGAACUCCCAUAUGCUGGCGAUGUCAGUAUGUUCCUGCUGCUCCCAGAUGGAAUUGCUGAAUCCUCUACAGGCUUGGAGUUGCUGGAAAGUGAAAUCACCUAUGACAAACUCAACAAGUGGCUCAGUGAAGACACCAUGGCUGAGGAUGACGUGGUGGUGUAUAUCCCCGAGUUCAAAUUAGAAGAGCGUUAUGAACUCAAAACCAUUCUCACAAGCAUGGGCAUGGGCGAUGCCUUCAGCCAGGGCCGAGCCAAUUUCUCAGGCAUGUCGGGAAAGAAUGACCUGUUUCUGUCCGAAGUGUUCCAUCAGGCUUCAGUGGAAGUGAACGAGGAGGGCACUGAGGCUGCUGCUGGCACUGGGGCCAUCAUGACAGGAAGAACAGGCCACGGAGGCCCGCAGUUCGUGGCAGACCAUCCUUUCCUCUUCCUUAUCAUGCACAAGAUAACCAAGAGCAUCCUCUUUUUGGGCAGAUUUGCCUCACCCUAAAUUGAAAGUUUCUGUUUCUGCACAGGAAUUUGUAAAAUGAGUGUAAGCCUCAGGAUUUAUGCAAGUGCCAAAACUUCUCUGCAUGUUUCUGUUUUUCUGAAAAACUUUUAUUACAUACUACCUAGAUAACACAGACAUAGCGUGACAUCUGUGAAUCAUAACAUUACCCCCCUAUCAAUCAUUUGGCCUCCUAAAAUGGGAUGAUAUCUUAUUUAGUUCUUUCUAACUCUUGGUUUAUUUUAUAGCAUUAACUUUCACUGUAU